AUGGCAGGAAACAUGAAUCAUGCUAGCGCUAGUGAUGAGGCCCUCGCGGCCCAGGUUUUGAAUUUGCUGCCUUUGCACGAAGAACAUCAACCGAUGAAGCCAGUGCACUUGGCCCAGGAAUUGGGUGUCUCUAGACCCGACGUCAAUCGCGUGCUUCACCAUGUGCUUCAAGUCCGCGGACAAGCCGAAAGCCCGGUGCCUGGGCGUUGGCAGCGGACUCUAGCAACUGCGCCCGACAGAGGGGAGCCUGACAUUCGGCCAUGGGUGCUAGAUUCCCAAGCGACGACGCCACCAGAUGCGCUCUCCUUGGCUGCUACAGCGCCAUGCGUGGUCCGGUCAUCGCUCAUCAAUCCAGCCUCAGCAGCACCUUCAACUACAGCGCAGCCUACUGCAUCAGUAUCGGGUCCGGAUGCAACCACCCCCUUUGCACCUGCAGCUGCCAAUCACGGACCCCACAAGUCGGCCGUGAGUGAGCUUAACGAGAUCUUUGCUCAACCAAAUCUGCCAAAAGUAGUCUACUCAGACCACAAUUCGGGAGCUGGUAUGUUCAAAUACACUGCUCAGCUUACUAGCCUACCACCUCGAUGCUCUACAUCGCUGCCAAUGCGCUCCAAGAAAAUGGCCAAGGAGGCUGCUGCCCAGGAACUUUUGAGCCACUUGGCGAAUGAUCUCAGCUGGAGGGAGUUCGCUACGGAUGAAAUGCACAAACGGAUUUGUCAAGCGCACUUUGAGUUGCCUACGCGUGGGCGCCAUCUACAACUUGGCAAUCGCUACAUUUGGGGCACCGAGGGUGAGCCCUCACGUGAGGAGACGGCCCUGAUUACCGUGGAGGCCAAGAGCGGACCAGAUCCCGAGAAGCCGCACACACGCAAGUCCUUUCACAGGUGCAUCAAUACAUAUUUCUCUGAAACGGUGUGCGCGUUUUACAAUUGCUACGGCAAGCGCCAGCGACCUUUUCAAUUUCGACUCGUGUACGGAGUGCAUGACAAGGACUUUAUCAUGAAUGGUGUCCGAAUUGCUCAUAAAGAGUUCCCGGAUGGCACAGACCCUCAGGACAGCUUUGACGACGCCAUGAAAAAGAAGAUCACGGCGCGACUUGAGAGCACGAUCGACAUGUCCCAUUCCAUCGAUGUGGCGACACAUGUCUACACAUUACAAAAGGCUGAAGAUUAUAACAUUUAUUUGAUCGAGGUCGUCUUCCAACACCGCAAUCCCACCAAUGCGACCAUGCUGGCCCGAGUCGUAACAAACCGUGGCAACCCCGAGGAGAAGAUCGAAUUCUAUACGCGUCGCGAUGGAAGCAACUAUCUGCUACAAAGGGAGCACGUGAUUCAGCAGGCAAACCAAGUCCGGGCUGAAACGCCAGCCAAUGGGUGUCCAGCUUGGGUGCAAGCGCUUUGCGAGGAACAAGCAAGCGAGGCCAUGGCACCCUCGUCUGAGUGA